AUGAAAGUUAUAAUGACUCUGCGUUUCUUGGCGACUGGAAAAAUGCAGCAAUGCACCAGUGAUGACUUAGGGCCAUCACAGUCCACAGUUAGCAGGGUCUUAAAUACCACUGUUGCUGCACUAACCACACCAGACAUAGUAAGGCAGUUCAUUGACUUCCCAACUGACCUUCAAACUAUAUGGCAAAAGCAAGCAGAUUUUAUGAGGAUUGCGGGUUUCCCUGCAGUUGUUGUAACCAUCGAUGGCACCCAUGUACGCAUCAUUGCUCCAACUGUAAAUGAGGAGACAUACAUCAAUCGAAAAGGAUUCCACAGCAUCAAUGUUCAAGUCGUAUUUGAUGCCAAUUACAAGAUCCUCGAUCUUGUGCCAAAAUGGCCAGGGUCAACAUAUGAUGCUCGGGUUCUUUCCCAGAGUGGCCUCAAUGGGUUAUUCGAACAAAAUUAUGUUCGCCCUGGAUGUCAUCUGCUGGGAGACUCGGGUUACCCUUUAAAACACUGGCUUCUCACCCCUUACAGAAGACCUCAAGGAGAACAGCCGCUCAAUUAUAACAGAGCACACAAAGUAACAAGAGCCGUGGUGGAGAGAGGAAUUGGACAGCUGAAAAGAAGAUUCCAUUUCCUUCAUAGAGAUAUUCUUCAUUCACCUGAGCGUGCUUGUCACAUUAUUAUGGCUUGUGGCAUUUUGCACAAUAUUUGCAAAGUUUGUAACCUCCCAUUGCUUGAUGAUGACGAUGAUGACGAUGAAAAUGACAAUCAUGGGUCUGGGGCAUCUGGAAUGCCACAAAUAGAGGGACUGAGAUUCCAAGUAUCUCCUCUACUAUGUCGCCAAUCUCAGACAGAGGUUUACAUGGAGGGCCCCCACCUGUUUGACAAGAACUCAGCUGCUGACCACAUGGAGACAAGCUAG